GCUCUGAUUUCUGUCAAAACAGACUCAUCAAAUCAACCAUACCUUCUAACACUGUGUUAAAAAUGAUUUCCUUUUUGAUUUUCAGCGUCCUGAUGGCUGGACUCCUGUUUGCCAUCAAAAGGCUUUAUUUCCAUCCCUUGUCUCGCUUUAAUGGCCCUCGGUUUUGGGCUCUUACCCUCUUGCCUUACAUGCUUGCCUUUCGAUCGGGUCAGCUCGCACACAAGGUUAAAGGUUUCCACGAAAUCUACGGCGAUACGGUGCGAGUAGGGCCAAAUGAGAUAUCAUUCAUCAACCCACACUCAGUCAAGGAUAUAUACAACAAGAGACCAAAUGCACAAUUCAAGACCCUCCCUAAGGAUCCUGUUCGACAGCCCCCAACUAGGCCAGGCCACCCAUGCUCCAUUCUCGAAGCCGGAGACGAAGACCACUCUCGAAUACGAAAGGCGUAUGCGACCCUCUUCAGUACUCAAGCACUCAGAGCACAGGAGCCUCUGAUAGUAUCGUACGUGCUCAAGAUGACCUCCCAGCUAAAAACCCGUGGUUCCCAGAAUGAUGGGAUUGUGGAUCUUCAGAAGUGGUUUACUUACUGUGUAUUCGACGUCAUUUGUUCGCUGAGUUUUGGAGAGGACUUUGGCUGUCUGGAAAAUGACCGAUAUCACGAAUGGGUUGGCGCGUUGGUCUUUAGUCUAAAGGCAAAAGUGCAGCUCGCGUCUUCUCGUUAUUAUCCAUGGCUAUUCAACCUUCUCGUGAAACUUAUGUCUCAAUCAGCCCAAGCUAAGCUUAUAGAGCACAAGAGGAUUACACGAGAAAAGGUUCAGAAGCGUUUAGGACAACACACAGUCCGGCCAGACUUCCUUUCGUAUCUUCAGGCUUCCAAGCACGAUCUCACGGAGGGUGAAAUAGUGACCAAUGCCGAGACUUUGAUUAUUGCCGGAAGCCAUACUCUCCAAACAGCAAUUACAGGAAUAGUAUUCCAAUUGUUACAUAACCCGGAGGCUCUCGGUCGAGUUACGAAUGAGAUUCGCGACGCUUUUGCGAGUGAAACAGAUAUGGAUACCAAAUCAUUAAUGCAGCUUCCGAUGCUGGGGGCUGCUAUCAAAGAGGGUAUGCGUUUGACUUCUCCCGUCCCUUUAGGACUUACACGACGAGUUCCUGACGGAGGAGCGAUCAUUUGCGGCUCUUACUUUCCUUCGGGGACCGUAGUUUCAUACAUGCAAUGGGCCGCCAAUCUCUCCGGCAGCAACUACACUGACCCAAACCGCUUCGAUCUUGAGCGCUGGCUUGAUUCGGAUUCAGGUGCAGGAAGUCGUUAUAAGAACGAUCGGAAAGAGACGACUCAGCCAUAUUUGCAAGGUCCUCGAGAUUGCCUGGGACAAAACCUAGCCCAAUCCGAAAUCGUUCUCAUCCUCGGACAUCUGCUCUACAAUUUCGACAUAUCUUUGCCGGAGGGUUUGGGAUCACAAGCUGUAAACAACUGGGAAGAUCAGGAAACAUAUGCGGUUUGGGUGGGGAAUCCACUCCCAGUCCGCUUGAGUCCUAGAAGUUGAGUUUCACUGUAGGUAUACCUAAUACGAGAAUGGCCUGAUUUAUAAUUGAUGUCUCUUAUGAUCACCAUGAUUUCUUUUUCGUUUGACCGCUUUUUCUCUGUCAAGCUGCAUGCAAUUUCUACUUGGUCGAAUGCUUAGUGACAACGCAUAUGCAACUAUGAUUUCCACCAGUUCGAUUACCAAUUUAUGUGCUACCUAACAGCGAUACCCGAUGUCCGUAGAAACCGGUGAAUCUGCAUAAUUUUGUGUAUUUUGAUCAUAAUUUUCUGUGUCAAGA